UAAAAAAAGGGUUGUUUCAUCAAUUAAAUUCACCCGGAUGGCCAAUACGGCAAUACCUUAACCUUAUCUCAUUCCAUUUGCAAAGAUAACAACAAACAGAAACCCCUCAGCUUAAGUUUAUUUACGGAAAAACCAAUUAAAAGAGACUCAUAUUGGCAUUUGUAGUAAAUAAAGUCAAAUUCGAGGCCCUUUAGCCAGCCUUUUCCUCGCUAAACCCAAUCUCUACACUGAAAAGGCCUUUCAACUCAAAUUCAUAUAGUGAGAAAAUAUAGAUAACGAAGCUUCAUUUCCAUGGCGUCCCCCUCGCUCUUAGGGUCCACUACGUCGUCGUUUCACGGCCAGUUCCCGGCCAUUCAACCUCCAUUGCUUUCCGCACGAAUUCCUUACGGAAAUGGAUGUGGGAUUGUCUCGGUGAGAGCCAUGGCGAGGCCUGUGUUGGUUGAGAAGUCCGAGUCAGAGAAGGUCCAACGGCUGAAAACCACUUACCUCGAGAAAAUUGUUCCUCUGCUCAUGGAAGAGUUUUCCUACAAGAACAUCCUCGAGGUUCCAAAGGUAGAAAAGAUUGUGGUGAAUUCUGGUAUUGGAGAUGCUCAGCAAAAUGCAAAAGGGCUUGAAGCUGCAAUGAAUGAUAUGGCACUCAUUACCGCGCAGAGACCUGUAAGGACACGAGCAAGGAAUUCCAUUGCUACCUUCAAAAUCAGAGAAGGUCAACCACUAGGAAUUGCUGUCACACUUAGAGGAAAUGUGAUGUACUCAUUCCUCGAUCGCCUUGUUAACUUGGCGUUUCCUAGGACAAGGGAUUUCCAAGGUGUGAAUCCAAAUAGCUUUGAUGGACAUGGGAAUUACUCUGUCGGAAUUCGUGAACAGAGUGUGUUCCCGGAAAUCAGGUUUGAUGCCCUUGGUAAGCCCAUGGGAAUGGAUGUUUGCAUUGUCACUACUGCUAAAACAGAUAAAGAAGGCCAAAGACUAUUAGCUCUCAUGGGCAUGCCCUUCAGAGAGGGUGGAGGUGCCACAUCACUGGUGCGCAAGAAGAAGCUCAGGGCUCACCACUUCGAUUCCAAAUCUAGAGGAAGAGCCCGGAAAUGAAAACAAAAGUUGCCAUUUUCUACUUGAGGGUUUGUUGAUGCAUUUUGCUCUGUUCUCAAUUCUCUUAAGCACAUGGGUUAAAGAUAAAAUAUGGCUUCGGUUGUGUAAAUUAUGGCGUUGUUGCUGAUGUUAAAUUUUGUAAUUGCGUUAUUGUUAGACAAAUUCUUUUUGCAUAUUAUUAUUAUUUUGGGGAAA